UUUUUGUUUGGCCAUUUCUAGCUCAGAACGCAAAGAAGAUUUUAAAAUGUUAUUUGAACAGCUUAAAGAUAGCGCUUACACUCUGUAUUCGCAUGUAAUGCAGCCGAAGGUUUUAAUUUGUGAUGCAGCCAAGAGUAUUCAAAAUGCGUUUACGGAAGUAUUUGGAGUUGAGACUACAGUCAGAAUGUGCUGGGCUCACGCUAAAAAGAAUAUUCAGAAACAAGUAGUUAAACUAGUAGACAAACGACUGCAGAAAGAUCUUCUACAAGGCAUCGACAUUUUACAUUCUGUCACAGCACCGGGCGUGUUCAACACCGCUUUAGCAGCUUUUUUGAACAAAUAUAAAAGUCAAAAUGCUUUUAUUACAUACUUCAAGGAAGAAUGGAUAAUACAAAACCCGAAUUGGUACCUAGGCGUUUCGGACGGAUCUCCAUCUACGAAUAAUGCACUCGAGGCUUUCAAUAGGAGCAUAAAAGAUAGCCACACCCUUAGAGAACGAAUUCCACUGUCCCGGUUUCGUGCUGUUACUCUUGACAUGGUCAAGCAGUGGUCCGAAAAUUAUAAAGUGGACUCGUUUUCAAGCACACCUUUGAUAGAACUAUCUGAUUGGACAUCAGCAUACCAAUGGGCGAAAUUGAACAAAAAAGUGAAAACCAUAUCAACAACAGCGAUACAAAAAUCUUAUCUAAAUACAUAACACCUCCAGUAGAAGCCAAAAACAUAGCCAUCGGGCAAAAACGAAAACGUGGGCGUCCUACAAAGGCAAAGUGCGCUUUAUUGGUGCAAUAAUUUAAAGAAGUACUGCAGAGAUUGAGUGGACUGAUAAUGUGAACGUUGUAGGAGUAGACUUUGUUUAACAUUUUGAAUUAUUAUGGUUCGUACUGAUUAGUAUUAAAAAGACAUUUUUAGUAAGCAUUACAUUUUAUAAUGUGUUCAUUUUUUAUUAAUAAAGCUACAUUGGACAUUAAUUGGUGUUUGAUUCAAAUACAUUUUGCAGUGCAUUAUCUGAAGUAAAACUAAAGAAAUAAAUGCUUGUUUUUAAAAUUAGGUGUAUAACUAUUUUUACAAAUUUGCAACAGUUGUUAAAUAGAUGCUCGUUAUGACAUAUUUUAAUGAACAUAUUUUGGUGCACAUUCAGUAUAUUUGGUGGAACACAGACAAAAUUAGGUAAAU